UGUUUUGGGCUAAACAAAAAUUCAGUUUAUGCUUGAUUCUUGCUUACAGGUUUGAUGUCAGAGCAAUGACAUGUCUAGUACAUUUUGAUUGGACUGUCAUAGAGUUCUGCUUUUGUUUUUGGUAACAUGUCUACAAAGGAGUUUGAAGAAGGUUUUAUCUUUGCCACAAACAUUCUUCGCAGCUUUCAGAGGACAUAGAGUUUCUUAUCAGACAGUUUGUUUCAAUUUCCCACUAACUUUUUUUGUGCUUUUCGGGAAAGAUGUUAUCAGUGAAGUUUGACAGCCAUAGAAACAGAGACAUGAGUUGAAAGCUCUGCCACUGACUAAUAAUCACGAUGGGGUUAAGAAUGAGAGGUCUGGAGCUCGGCACUCUCCUCAUAUGGAGCUGCUUCUUGCUUUUGCUUCAGCCAUGUGGAAGCAUGGAGCCCUCAUGUCCAGCAGAUGCAAGGAGACCAGUGCUCCAAACUCCAAAUUCAACAUAUACUCAACUGAACUACAACAGUGCCUUUAUGUCGCCCAUUGUAAAUUCUUUCUUGGGCUCUGUUCAGAGCAAACCCUUCCCUAAAGAUCUGCUGAUUAAAAUGAUAACACAACCAUCAGAAAUCAUGCAAACGGAGGGGGUUACAGAGGUUUUGAAAUAUGAGAUAGGUUUCCUGGUCUGCAUUGCCAUUGGGAUCCUGUACAUCAUCCUCAUGCCUCUAAUUGGCCUAAUCUUUGCCUGUUGCCGUUGCUGUGGUAACUGCGGGGGCCGCAUGAAACAGGAGCAAAUGUCAAACAUCCACUGCAAAAGGAGAAGCUUUUACUGGUCCACGUUUUUCAUCACUUCAGUGAUCUUGGCGGGGAAUGUUUGCAUGUUCCUAAGCUGUACGCACACUUCAGAAACUUUGAUGAACAGCCCCACCGAAGUCUCAAACAUCUUGGAAGAUGUAAAAAGCUAUCUUGUAACUGUUCCAAAGCAAAUCGGACAAGUGGUAGAUGAGAGUUCUUUGACUGUGGAAAAGGUGAAAAGUAGCUUAAAUGGCUCUUCACUUGGUGAAUUUAUCCAGAGUGGUCUUAAAGGUCAUCUCGACCCAUCAAUAAAAUCCAUUUCUGAAAUAGCACAAGUGAUAAACAGCACUGGUGUUGCACUCCAGCAUGUUAAUAACACUUUGGAGCAGCUGAUGCCGAAGGUGGAUGAGCUAAAUGUUAAUAUAUCUGCAGUGAGGCAGCGCAUUAACGUCACCUUGUCGUUACCGGGCUGUGUGAACUGUACCUCCCUUCAGCCAAAACUAGACAAACUAUCCCUGGAUGCAGAUCUUGAAUUUCCUGAUCAGACUGAACUGAUGUCUGCUGUAAACAAAGCUGAAAAUGCUGAUGUCAUCGGACAGGCAAAUAAGGGGAACGAUUUUUUUGACGAUAUUCCACAGAAGGUGAAAACUGAGACCACGCAAACUGUAAAACUGGCAGUAUCUGAGCUUGAAAAAUUAAAAUCACAGAUCUCAGACGUGACUAAAAGACUUCCACUGGACAAACUGGAGAACUUCUUACAGCCACUAACUGAAGUUCAACAGGAUGUUUUAGAUGUUACUCAAUACACACAGUUGUCCAGUAAAAUCAGCCUCGGUGUUGGAUUGGUCCUGAGCUGUCUGAUUUUGCUGGUGGUUGUCUGUAAUUUUCUGGGUCUGCUGCUUGGUGCAGUUGGUCUUAAACCUCUGGAUGACCCAUCUGAACGCUCCUGCACAUCUAGCUGUGGAGGAAUAUUCUUCAUGGCAGGAGUAGGUUUCAGUUUCCUGGUUUCCUGGAUCUUCAUGAUAGUGGUGGUGAUACUUUUCAUAGUGGGGGGUAAUCUUCAUACCUUUGUUUGUGCACCAUGGCAGAGCAAGGAGAUCUUCCAGAUUCUAAGCACUCCAGGGCUCAUUCCAGGAUUUAACUUAUCUACUACACUGCAACUGAAUACAGACCUGACAAUUGGUAGCAUGUACAGUGAUUGCCAAAUGAAUAAGCCUUUAUGGACCACACUGCAUUUAAAUGGUAUCAUCAACCUAGAGGAUGUGUUAAAUAUUUCAAAGUUCGAAGGGCAAAUCUAUCAGUACUUUGAAAAUGCAGAUAUCAACAUAGCAAAUAUCACAAUCCUCACAUCAGAUGUAAAGUCCCAGUUACGCAAUUUCUCUGACAGUUUCAGCAGCACGAACUUCAGCAGCAUCACACAGCAGAUGAAUAAUAUUUCUGAAACUAAUCUGAACUCCACUGCAGAUGAUUUGGAUGACAUGGCCUCUAAACAGACGAAUAAAAAUAUUUCGGAUGAACUACACAAGCAAGCUCAAGAACUGCGAAACAUCCAGACUGCAAUCACUUUUAGCAUCAUGCCUUUGGUGGUUGAGCUGAACUCCACCAUUAAGAAUCUUAGCAGAACAGCAUCACAAAUCAAUGACACCGUCGGGACUGUUCUCAGAAGUGUUGUUUAUGCUCAGGACAUCAUGAACUACAAUAUAUCACAGAUUGUGAAAAAAGAGAGCAGGACAUUCGUAGACUGUCAAUUUAAAAUAUUUAGGUCAUUCACUCAAUGGGCAAAUCAAACAAUUACUGAGCAGCUGGGUCGCUGUGGGCCUGCAGCUGCAGCCAUCGAUAGGUCAGAGAAUCUGCUGUGUAGACAUCUGGUGGCAAGUUUGAACGCCUUUUGGUUCAGUUUGGGUUGGUGUAUGAUGUUCCUGAUCCCCAGCAUUAUCUUCUCUGUUAAACUUGCCGAGUUCUAUCGCAGGAUGGAGUGCACAGAUGUUUAUGAGAACAAAGUCGUGAUGGAUACAUUCCCAAGGGCCAGUAUCAACCCUCAAUCAAUAGGAAGUUAGAAAACAUUUAACAGAAAUACAUGACAGUGAUUGAAAACCUUUGCACGUUAACUUAUCAAUCAAUGAAACACACACUUUCUAUAUAUUUAACAAUCAUAAAUAGAUGUUUUUGCCAACUCCAGUCAUUUUGUUUUAAGUAUUGUUUCUGAUCUGAUAAUGGUUGUACAAAUAAUGGACUUUUGUGCAAGUUUUAUUCCUUUUAUUUGAAUCCUUUUAUUCUAAUGUAUUAUUAGCGCAGUGCACUCAAACAUAAAAAUGUGUCAAACUUCAGGACCUAAUGUUAAAUUUUUUAUUGUUUUUAUGUUUUAUACAGCAAUUAUGUGUUAAAACACAUUUUUAUGUAACAAUCAUGAGGUUUAAGCAUAAGAAAAGCACUUUAUCUAAAACAUAUAUUAUGAUAUAAAUAUAUUUGUAUAUUUUGCCAUCUUUAAGUUAAACUGUUAAAUUCUGAUACUAUAGAUUAAUUAAACUUAAACCUUAAAAUGUUUUGCUUAUUUGCUUUUAAUACAAAACAGACAUUUCAAUAAGAUGCUUGUUCUUAUGAAGAAUUUAAUAAAUAGACAAUUAAAUGUGGAGAUUGACUGCAAAGGAUUGCAUUUGACUGCUGGUGAAACAUUUCUAUUUUUCCAUUCCAUUCCAUUUUCUACUGCUUAUCCGAACUACCUCGGGUCACGGGGAGCCUGUGCCUAUCUCAGGAGUCGAAACAUUUCUAUUAUCUAUAUAUUUCAUGAAUUAAACAUGA